CAUUAUGCGAUGGUUUACACGUGAACUGAUCAACUGGUAUUUUAAAAUUCUGUUCGCGAAGAUCUCAUUUCUUGGCGUUCCCCGCUAUCUCUCAUUUUGGUCCAUUAAUCUUAUGUUACUAUCAUUUUUGCUUACUAUAAAAUGAGAUUGAAUAUAAUAUAUUUUAAAAGUAGACAUCAUGCAAAAGCAGCUCAAAAUGAAAAAAAAGUACCAUUUAAAGAAGUUUCAUCUUUACAUUUAAAAGAUUCAGUUAAAGGAGGUUCAAAAAAUAACAUAGAAAAUAAAUGUUUAUUUGAAAUGUCACUUUUAUUUGGAUGUUGGAAAGAAAAUGCAUUUAAUAAUAAAGUAUGUGAGAAGUUUAUUCAAAAUUUAAAUAAUUGUCAUAAAAAGUAUUUGGAAACUUCAGUUAUACAAAAAAAACUACGAGCAAUUGAUGUUCCUACUCCUGAUAGUAAAACACUUACAAAUAAACAAAUAACAUAUCUUUUACGUAUGUAUCCAAAUAUUUAAUGAUUUUGAAUAAAAUAUUAGAAUAUUAUUAAUAGAAUAUAAAAAAUAUUUUUAUUAUUACAUUAUUAUUAUCACUAAUAAAAUUCAUAUUACUAUUAUUAUAAUGAAUUAAUAAUGUGAAAUAAAAUAUUAUAAUUUAUAUCAUGA